AUGACCACCAACACCACGACUCAGCCAUACGCGAUCCCAGACUACAUGAGCCAACAGCCUUCCCCAGCCAGUUCAACCUCGCCCACAUCCCCUCGCAUGCACGACUACCUCCAACAGCAUGCGCCCAACCCGUAUAAGCAGCUCCGGCCGCUCAAGUCUCCUCUCUACGUUCCUGCUGUCCUGCGGCCAACCGAACAUUUCUGCACACCUUCUCCCAUGACUCCACCAAAAAGUCUGCAUGGAUCAUUGGACAAUCUACAAGAAGACGAGGGUCGGACAGCAAGUCCAGACCAUCAAGACGAGUUGGGCCUGGAUGCCUUUGACCCUGAUUGGGCUCAAGAGGAGGAAUUGGGUGAAGUCACAGGCCCACCAACCAGAGAACAUUGGAAGCCCGACGAAGCUUCACCGACUUGUGACUCGCCACAGUGUCGAUCUUCUUUCAGUCUGUUUGUUCGGAAACACCACUGUCGCCACUGCGGCCAUAUCUUCUGCUCCUCACACACCCCCUACACUAUUCCCCUUGACCAAUAUGCCCAAUUCCAUCCCGAUGGCAUCCUCUCAAGAGCAUGCGAAGUCUGCCAUCGUCAGUAUCAACGCUGGGACACGGCCCGGUCAAUCCGCCGCAAAAACAGCCAGAACAGCAAGGAUGAUGGCAGCAACGAGAGCGGCCCUCCCACGCCUCUCGCGGGACCGACGGGCCACCGAAGGAUGAUUUCCAACGGCAUUCGCACGGGCAAACCGGUCGAGGACGUCGCUAACAGCGUACCCAAAGAUUGGGCGUGGAGCACUUUCUGA